GCACAAGCACAAGGAGAGUAUACAAAAGAUGGCUCUAUGGAUCUCAAAGGCAACCCUAUAUUUAGAUCAAAGAGUGGUGGUUGGACUGCUUGUUCCUUUAUUAUAGUGUAUGAAGCUUUUGAGAGGAUGACAUAUUUUGGGAUAGGAUCAAGCCUUGUAAUCUACUUGACCACCAAAUUGCACCAAGGCACAGUAGCUUCAGCCAAUAACGUUACUAACUGGAUUGGUACUUUGUUUAUGACGCCGAUACUCGGUGCCUAUGUCGCCGACACUCAUCUUAGUCGUUAUUGGACCUUCAUCAUCUCCUCUAUCAUUUAUCUUUCGGGAAUGUGCCUGCUAACACUGGCAGUAUCACUGCCAUCACUGAAACCACCACCUUGUGGAGCUAACACUAGUGACCCCAAUUGCACUGAAAAGGCUUCAUCGCUGCAAAUUGGCGUGUUCUUCACUGCACUCUACAUCUUAGCGAUCGGCACCGGUGGCGUGAAACCGAGCAUUUCGACCAUGGGAGCCGACCAAUUCGAUGAGUUCGAUCCAAAGGAGAGAGCACACAAGGUUUCCUUUUUCAACUGGUGGUCGUUCAGCAUCUUCCUUGGCGCUUUCUUUGCCACCACUAUUCUUGUGUAUGUUCAAGAGAAUGUAGGAUGGACACUAGGCUACGCAUUGCCUACUCUUGGUCUCUUCAUUUCAAGCAUCAUCUUCGUUAUCGGGACUCCAUUUUAUCGGCAUAAACUACCUUCGGGUAGCCCUUUCUCAAAGAUGGCAAAGGUUCUUGUGGCAACCUUGAGGAAAUGGAGAAUUGAAUUGCCUGAUGAUCGCAAGGAACUUCAUGAGCUUGCUUUGGAACAGUAUUAUAACACAAAUGGGAAUUUCAGAAUUGAACACACUCCAACCCUUAGGAUAUUAGACAAAGCAGCAGUGAAAAGUGGACCAACAUCGCCAUGGAUAUUAUGCACAGUGACACAAGUCGAAGAAACAAAACAAAUGCUUCGCAUGAUGCCUAUACUUGUUACAACAUUCAUACCAAGCACAAUGGUAGCUCAAAUGAACACUCUCUUCAUCAAGCAAGGCACAACACUAGACCGAAACAUCAGCCCUCAUUUCAAGAUCCCUCCAGCAUGUCUUCAAGCCUUUGCUACUAUCUCAAUGCUAGUCUCCAUUGUCAUCUAUGAUAGGUGCUUUGUCCCCUUCAUGAAGAGAUGGACCAAGAACCCCAGAGGUAUAACUCUCCUCCAAAGGUUUGGUGUGGGUAUGGUAUUCCACAUCAUACUUAUGGCGGUAGCUUCAGUAACCGAAAACCAACGUCUAAGAACAGUUAAAGAUCAGGGAUUGGAAGGAGGAGGUGAAGUUCCACUUAGCAUCUUCAUACUACUUCCUCAGUUUGUGCUCAUGGGAAUGGCUGAUGCUUUUUUAUGGGUGGCCAUGACUGAGUUCUUUUAUGAUCAAGCUCCUGAAACCAUGAAGAGUCUUGGAACAUCUUUAUCAUUUAUGAGCUUGGGAGUCGGAAACUUUCUAAGCAGCUACUUAUUAUCAACAGUGUCUCAUGUCACAAAGAAUAAUGGCCAUGAAGGAUGGAUCUUGAACAACCUCAAUGCAUCUCAUCUUGACUACUAUUAUGCUUUCUUUGCAAUCCUUAACCUUUUGAACUUCUGCUUCUUCAUCGUUCUCAGCAGAUUCUAUGUUUACAAAGUUGAGAAUGCUGAACAGAUGGACCGAUUGCAUGCAGAGAUAGAAAUGACAUGA